AAUGGAUACGGGAAAGUAAUAAAUUGCGUUCCGUUAUUGCGACAUAUGCUAAUCUAUGUUUAUUUCGACUACCACUGAAACAGAAAGUUUUCUUUUCAUUACACGAUGUCGAAUCAAGCGAGCGUAUAUAAUUUUUAUUAUCCGGUGUAAUUUUCUAAUAACUAUUUAAAGCGUACUGGUAACUUGCACGAUACAUGAUAAAACAGCAUCCUUGGCUUGCCGUUUGUUCAUUGAUCACAGAUCAGUGGCACGAGGUCGUUUAGUGACUAUUUCAUCAUGAUCGUAUCAAUUUUAUUUAAAUUAUGUUAAUUAAUUGCGACAAAGAUGGCACGAAGUGAAAAUAUGCACAAGAAAAAGAGAGUUCAAGGAGCUAAUAUCGACACUUUAUUUGGCCAUCGGUUGACCUCAAUUCCGAAUCUCGCUGUCUAUCCUUUCACUUUAAAAGCGUUUCACUCUUUCUCGCAUCGGGCGAAGACACGUAUUUCGUAAAGAUACCUCAGUUGCUUCUAGAACGCCGAUUAGUGAGUCGUUGCCUGCCGCUGGUACGCCUAGAUUUCACUUUCAUAACAAUCAUGGAAAUUAAAUCGCACACUUAUUAAAUACAUAAAAUCGGUUUGUGCACAGAGAUUUUCCUUUCAAAAUGGUCGCAAAGGUUACAAUUUUACAACUGCUGUUUUUGCUAAUCUUCUAUGACCAUGUAACGAGCUUAAUUAUACCAGAAGAGCUUCCAACAAUAUUAUCAUUGAUAUAUUCCAAUAUUCCUCCAAUUAAGAAAGGAACCGAUUCUAGACUUGGCGUGGGUUUUCGAUUAGGUGAACACGCGGAUUUUCAGAUUCUUAUUGAACUGGGACCUCAAACAGAAACAGAUCCGAUAGGCACAUCCAAUGAUGCUAAGAGGCGAAGAGAUGCAACGUUUAGUGCUGCGAUGAAGGGACAACUAGGACCAUUGGCACAAGCGGUGGCCAAAUAUCAAUUAGAACGUGGAAUCCAAAAGGAAAUGGAUAAAUUGAAAGCAAUGGAGGAAAAACUUAAGAAGGAUCAAAUGGAGAAUACAAAAGAUCAAAAGGAGAAUACUAAAGAUCAAAAGAAUGCAAAAGAUCAAAAAGAAAAUACAAAAGACAAAGAUAUUGUUCCCAGCGAAUGGUUAACAAAGUGGAGGAAGGAGAUAUCGCAAAUGCUGAAAGACGACACGUCAUUAAGUUCUGCUCAAAAUGGAAAUGAUAAAAUAGUCCAACAAAGAAUAGAAAAACCACAGAUCAACGAUACGACUUUCAUCUAGUCACCGUUUGACCAUGUUCACGCUGCAGACUUAACUUCGGCGUUACAUAUAUUGUAUUACUUCGAGAGAAAAGAUAGAAAGAAUAAAAUUGUUUACAUCUA